AAGUGUUCGGCCAUUUUAGACGAGGGCUGAGGCACGAACGAAAACACUGAACUGAAUGUCGGGGUUUUUUUUUUUUUGGUUUUGGUUUGUUUAAUGUAGCUACCGGAUUGUUUAAAUAAAAUACAGUGGAGACUGAAGAGGAGACAAAACAAGGCGACUCAAAGUCUCCUUUUAAAAAAAGAAAGAAAGGUUGUUGAAGAUGGCCGUCGACAGGCGAGACGACAAAGAUGGAGAACUCAAUGUUCUGGAGGAUAUCUUGACUGAUGCUCCAGACCAAGAUGACGAGCUGUACAACCCUGAGAGUGAACAUGACCUGAACGAAAAGAAAGGUUCCAAGCGAAAGAACGACCGUGGAGACAGCCAUGAUGCAAAGCGACUAAGGUCUUCUAGCCAUUCCACAAGGCAGCCGGUUAAAAGGUCAUCUGGUGGAACCAUUGGGAAAAAGGUGACCAGCCUGAGAGGCAGACAUCACCCUGAUGACUUCUAUGAAGACAGGAAGAACCAUUCUGGCAGAGGGAGAGCUUCCAGGUCUGAUCUAUCCAAAGGGCACAGCAGAGACCACCAGAGGAGGAUCAAACCACUGAUGCCGGAACUGAAUGAGAAGCUGAGAAGGACGAGUGAGGAGAGUGUGGGCCGGGUCAGCCGCUCCUCAAAAGAAGAGGAAGAAGAAGCACGGUCAGAAGAGUAUGCAUCUGAGCAGGAGACGGGUAGUUCAGCAGGCUCCUCUGAAGGCAACCAUUCUGACGGUGAGGAAGUGAUGGAGGAUGAGGACGAGGAAGAAGAGAAGGGCCCAGAUGAUGAAGAGGAGGAAGAUGAUGUUGAGGGAGAAGAAGGAGAAGAGGAGGAUGAAGACUAUGAGCUGGAGGAUGGGGACCAGCAGGAAGGGAACGAGCAGAAUGACUAUGACACGCGCAGCGAAGCCAGCGACUCGCAGUCAGAAUCCGUGUCCUUCUCAGAGGGCGAGUCUGUGCACUCCGCCUCAGGCUCUGAGGCCUCGGAUAAGGAAAGAAAAGAGAAGAAGCGCGCUAGAGGGAUAUCACCAAUCGUUUUUGAUAGAAGUGGAAGCUCAGCUUCAGAAUCAUGCACAGGGUCUGAAAAGAAGCACGAGAAACUGCCGUCGUCUGUCCGUGCUGUGAGAAAAGAUCAAACCAGCAAGUUAAAAUACGUCCUGAGAGAGGCCAGGUACUUCCUGAUUAAAAGCAACAACCAUGAGAAUGUUUCCCUCGCUAAAGCAAAGGGGGUGUGGUCGACCCUGCCUGUGAACGAGAGGAAGUUGAAUGCGGCAUUCCGCUCGGCUCGAAGCGUCAUCCUGAUCUUUUCUGUCAGGGAGAGCGGCAAAUUUCAAGGUUUUGCUCGGCUCUCGUCCGAGUCUCAUCAUGGAGGUUCUCCCAUCCACUGGGUCCUGCCUGCAGGCAUGAACGCCAAGAUGCUUGGAGGAGUCUUCAAAAUCGACUGGAUAUGCAGGCGGGAGUUACCUUUUACAAAGUCAGCACACCUUACCAACUCCUGGAACGAACACAAGCCUGUGAAAAUCGGACGUGAUGGACAGGAGAUCGAGACGAACUGCGGCCUGCAGCUGUGCAUGCUCUUCCCUCCGGAUGAGAGCAUUGACUUGUAUCAGAUUAUUCACAAAAUGCGCCACAAGAGGAGGACGCACUCGGAGCCUCGUUCCCGGGGCCGUCCUCCACACCGAGAGCCCGCCCCCCGAGACCUGGGAAGGCGUCGUCCAGAGGAAUAUGACAUGCACAACAGGAAGCGUCCCAGGAUUGACUAUCCUCCCGAGUUCCCCCAGAGACCAGGUUUUAUGCAAGACCCACGCAACCAGCCUGUAGACAGGCGCUUUUCUGGAGUAAGGAGAGAUGUGUUCCUCAACGGCUCUUACAACGAUUACAUGCGAGAGUUCCAUCACAACAUUGGGCCUCCGCCACCAUGGCAAGGGAUGGCGCCAUAUCCUGGAAUGGAUCAACCUCCUCAUCACCCAUAUUACCAACACCAUCCUCCGCCACCCCAGGCCCACCCACAGUACUCAGGUCAUCACCCCAUGCCCCAUGACGCCCGCUUCAGGGAGAAGAGAGUCGUCCGUUCCUUCUCCUCCAGUCUGCACGAUUACGAUAUGCGUGUGGACGAUUUCCUGAGGCGCACCCAGGCGGUGGUGAGCGGCCGCAGGAGCCGGCCCAGAGAGCGCGAGCGUCAGAGAGAACGUGAGCGACCACGAGACGCACGGCGAGAGCGAGAGAGAGAGCGAGGUCGCGAGCGUGACCGCGACAGAGACCGCAUCAGAGAUCGUGACCGAGAGAAAGAAAGGGGGCGCUAUCGCAGAUAAGAGAAGGCCUCUCUAUAGCUUGGUUUUUUUUUUUUUUUUGUUCAAGGUCACAUGGCAAGAUUUUGCUCAGUAAUUCAUUAUGGAUUCUCUAUUGAAAAUCCCUUUUAAUUUCUGUCUGGAGAACACAACCCAUUAGUGUGUUUUUUGCGCUCAUGUAUAAAGCUGAACUAUACUUCAAAAAAAAAAAAGCUCCACUCUUUUCAAAGUAUUAUUUUUAAAUAUGUACAUUAUUUUACAGGAGAUCAUCAUGCAUGCAGUGUUUUCUACUGUGACAACCAAAAAUCUUUUUUUUUUUUCUCUUUUAGUCACUGAGCAUCUAGAGGGCACUGUUUUGCCAUCUUAUGUCUUGCAUUCAAUGUGUUACAAUUUAGGACACGUCUACAUUCUUUCCAUCGUUCACUGCUUCAUCAGCUCAGCUGUAAAUGUCUCUGCUGAGGGAAUAAGCUAAUGCACACUUGUGUCUGUGUUGUUGUACAUAGCUUCUGAAUGGACUGUUAAGCAGUACUGAUUAUAGACUGCAGCAGGGUCUUUUAUCUGGCUUUACGUUCCAAAUGUUUUGAGUAUGUGGGUGGGGGAAAAAAAAGCAAUACCAUUUUUUUUUCUGUUUAAUCAUUAAUGUAUACUGUACAUUUCCUGAAAUGAAGGUCAGUAAAACAUGCUAGAUGUUUUUGUCAGAAAAGUUGUCUUUUACUGAUAUCUUUUGUAUGAUUAAAAAGAAAACACUG